CUCUUAGGAGACAUACGGACUAAGAAGAAGCCUGUGCGAAGAAGAUACGAGUCCUAUGGGAUGUACUCGGAUGAUGAUGCCAACAGUGAUGCAUCAAGUGCCUGUUCAGAAAGGUCCUACAGCUCUAGGAAUGGAAGCAUACCAACGUACAUGAGACAGACAGAAGAUGUGGCUGAAGUCCUAAAUCGCUGUGCCAGCACCAACUGGUCGGAGAGGAAAGAAGGCCUCUUAGGCCUGCAAAACUUAUUAAAGAACCAGAGAACUUUAAGUCGUGUGGAGUUGAAAAGGUUGUGUGAAAUCUUCACAAGAAUGUUUGCUGAUCCUCACAGUAAGAGAGUGUUCAGUAUGUUUUUGGAGACACUGGUGGACUUUAUCCAGGUCCAUAAAGAAGAUCUGCAGGACUGGCUGUUUGUACUGCUGACACAGCUGUUGAAAAAAAUGGGAGCUGAUUUGCUUGGGUCUGUACAAGCGAAAGUUCAGAAGGCACUUGAUGUCACAAGGGAAUCUUUUCCAAAUGAUCUCCAAUUCAGUAUUUUAAUGAGAUUCACUGUUGACCAGACCCAAACACCCAGCCUGAAGGUCAAAGUUGCAAUCCUUAAAUACAUAGAGACUCUUGCGCAACAGAUGGAUCCAGGAGAUUUUGUAAAUUCAAGUGAAACAAGGUUAGCAGUGUCUCGAAUCAUCACCUGGACCACAGAACCUAAAAGCUCAGAUGUUAGGAAGGCUGCGCAGUCAGUGCUGAUUUCCCUUUUUGAACUCAACACUCCAGAGUUUACAAUGCUGUUGGGUGCUUUACCAAAAACAUUUCAGGAUGGAGCCACAAAGCUUCUCCACAAUCAUCUCCGGAAUACAGGCAACAGUGGUCAGGGAUCAAUGGGAAGUCCUUUAACAAGGCCGACUCCACGCUCCCCAGCAAGUUGGUCAAGUCCUCUCACUUCCCCAACCAAUACGUCGCAGAACACUUUGUCACCAAGUGCAUUUGACUAUGACACUGAAAAUAUGAAUUCUGAAGAUAUUUACAGCUCUCUUCGUGGAGUCACUGAAGCCAUUCAGAAUUUCAGUUUUCGUAGUCAGGAAGAUAUGAAUGAGCCUGUAAAACGAGAUUCAAAAAAAGAUGAUGGCGAUGGGAUUUGCAGUGCUUCUGGAAUAGUAGACCUACGAGCAGGAAGCGGUGUCAGUGAUACAGGCCGAACAGCUCUUGAUAACAAAACAUCGUUACUCAACACAAUGCCUCCCCACUCUUCACCGCGUUCACGAGAUUAUAACCCAUACAACUAUUCUGAUGGUAUCAGUUCCUUUAAUAAAUCUGCUUUGAAAGAAGCCAUGUUUGAUGAUGAUGCAGAGCAGUUUCCUGAUGAGCCUCCCAUGGACCAUUCCGAUCUGGUUGCAGAGUUACUGAAAGAAUUAUCAAACCAUAAUGAGAGAGUUGAGGAGAGAAAGGCUGCCCUGUACGAGCUCAUGAAGUUAACUCAGGAAGAGUCUUUUGGUGUUUGGGAUGAGCACUUCAAAACAAUACUGCUUUUGCUGCUUGAAACUCUUGGUGAUAAAGAGCAUGCAAUUAGAGCUUUGGCGUUGAAAGUUCUAAGAGAAAUUCUAAGAAACCAGCCAGCGAGGUUUAAGAAUUAUGCAGAGCUCACAAUCAUGAAGACGUUAGAAGCACAUAAGGAUCCUCAUAAGGAGGUGGUGAGAUCUGCUGAAGAAGCUGCUUCCAUGCUGGCCACUUCCAUUAGCCCAGAUCAGUGCAUCAAAGUUCUUUGUCCAAUUAUCCAAACUGCAGAUUACCCCAUUAAUCUGGCUGCAAUCAAAAUGCAGACAAAAGUCAUAGAAAGAGUAUCUAAAGAAACCCUUACUCAGCUUUUACCAGAGAUUGUGCCGGGUCUAAUACAGGGUUAUGACAAUUCAGAGAGCAGUGUUCGUAAGGCAUGUGUUUUCUGCCUUGUAGCCAUUCAUGCAGUAAUUGGUGAUGAACUAAAACCACAUCUCAGUCAACUCACUGGCAGUAAAAUGAAACUAUUGAACCUUUACAUCAAACGUGCACAGACAGGCUCUGGACCAGGGGAUACAACAGCAGAUAUGUCUGGACAAAGCUAAUGAAGCUGACGAGUUAACCAGGUCUCCUAAAGCAAGGGCAAGGCCCUCUUCAGUGAAAGGAAAAUUCUUACAUAGAACGUUUGGAACCUUUUUUGGGUUUUUUCCCCUUUCUUUUGUUGGGUUGUUUUUUGUUGUUGUUUUGUUUUUUUUUUUUCUUGAACCAACGGCUGUCCUCAGCCUGCAUGUGACUGUUGCAAUAGAAUUAUUCCAAUCCAAGGAAAAACAGUAUUAACAUCAGUUGAUCAAAGCAGAAUAAAAUUAUAAAAUAAUCU